AUGAAUUGGAAAUUUAUUUUAAUUAAUUUAAUUUUUUAUUUAAAUAUUUGCAAUUCUGUACAUAUCCCAACAAUUCUCGAUCAUUUGUCUUCUACAAAUGCUAGAGAAGAAUUUAUUCAAAAAAUGGAAACUGAAUUUAAAAAUCCGUUAAAUGUCCCAAUUGUUUUUCGAUUCCGAAUUGCUUUUCUUUCAUGUAUCUGGGAAGGGCCCCGCAUUAAUCCCAUUCGAUUUCGUAUCUUGCGUCAUGUGGUGAAUGAAGAUUCGCGAACGGCAUUAAUUGACAAAGAGAAUAAUGAUCUGGAUGGAAAAAUUCUGAACGUUAUUAACCGUAUUGCGAAUUAUAAAAUAUUAUAUAACAAAAGUCAGCAAGAAAAUAAAUUAACAGAGUUUGGAUUAAUGGAAACGAUUGAAGGGUUAUUGAAACAGUUGGUCCCAAUUUCCAAAGAAAACGAUCUGCCUUGGGAACAGGCUAAGGAUAAGGUUUACCAAUUAAUGAGAAUAAUUAAAGAUUUGGAGCAUGGCGAAAGAAAAUUUAGUACCAAAGUCACAAAAAAGAUUGGAUCAAUUUUGGUAAAAAUGAUACUGAAACUGGAAAUUACUGGUAAUAAUUUAAAUGAUAAGGAACCAAUUUAA